AUGUUCCUGCUUAUAAUAACAUUGUUUGCAUUAAGCUAUGCCACAGAGCUGAAUCUAGAUAGAGACUUGUCCACUUCAAGUCGCUCAACCUGCAGAACCUGAGUCAAAAGCUCUUCACAAAGAUGGUGUUCCAUAACUGGGAAUUAUCAAUACUAUGGAGACUGAUGCUAUUCUUGGGAUUACUCUGGCUAUUGCUCAGGUAGCAGUAGCUACGUUUGUUCGAACUCAAGUAAUAUUGGCGGUAAUGGAGGGCUCAUACUGUGCCCAUAUAGUUCAAGUGAUUGCAACUCGAGAACAAAAACAAUAUACUACACAGGAAUAAAUUACACUCUGUCUAAUACCUACAUUGAUUCGAGUUCUGUGUGCAGCUAUAUAGUUCAAACAAGCAACAGUUCCAUCAAAAGUCUCGAAAUCUAUGUUUGUAAGAACUUUAAAGUUUUCAGCUUAGUUUCUGAUUUUUAAUUU